GCUGUGAAGUAAUAGCUGUAAAUACCCGAUCUACUAGCCAGACUUUCAUUUACAAAUGUGAUGCUGUGCUGUGCACUCUUCCCUUGGGAGUAUUGAAACAGCAGCCUCCAGCAGUACAGUUUGUGCCACCUCUUCCUGAGUGGAAAACUUCUGCAGUGCAGCGCAUGGGAUUUGGCAACCUCAACAAGGUUGUGUUGUGUUUUGAUCGUGUCUUCUGGGAUCCGAGUGUCAAUUUGUUUGGUCAUGUUGGUAGCACUACUGCAAGCAGAGGAGAACUUUUCCUGUUUUGGAACCUGUACAAAGCACCAAUUCUGUUGGCACUGGUAGCAGGAGAAGCAGCAGGGAUCAUGGAAAAUAUCAGUGAUGAUGUCAUUGUUGGACGGUGCCUUGCCAUCCUGAAAGGCAUAUUUGGUAGCAGUGCUGUGCCACAGCCUAAAGAGACUGUGGUGUCUCGCUGGCGUGCUGACCCAUGGGCCCGGGGGUCAUACUCCUAUGUGGCAGCUGGAUCUUCUGGAAAUGACUAUGAUUUGAUGGCUCAGCCAAUUACUCCAGGGCCAGCCAUUCCAGGUGCUCCACAGCCUAUUCCUCGCCUGUUUUUUGCGGGAGAACAUACAAUUCGCAACUAUCCUGCAACAGUUCAUGGUGCUUUACUGAGUGGACUGAGAGAAGCUGGUCGCAUUGCAGACCAAUUUCUUGGGGCCAUGUAUACUUUGCCUCGCCAGCCUACGCCUGGGGUCCCCCCACAGCAAGCUACAAGCAUGUAAGGAAAGUAGAAGGUAUUAGAAGAGGACUGGCAAGACCACAGUGCUGCUGUUGGGGACUCUUCGGGAUGGAGAUACUCACGAAGUCUCUAACAGGAUCUACUGAAAAGGCU